GGGCGCGGGGCCGGCGCCUGGUGGGUGCGGGCGGAAGUGCCCGACGCAGGGCGGAAGCAGAGGCGUUGGCGGCGUGAGGCUCAGGACUAUACAUCAGAGGAAGCCAAAAGCCAGCUGGAAUACUUCCUGAAUACAGUUUUAAUCUUGUUUGCAAUUAUUUCGAAGGGGAGAAAUCAUCUGGAUCAGAAUUAAGAUGCUCUGGUUUCAAGGAAAUAGCAUGCAACUUGCCAGAUCCUCCUUUGGACUCUUCUUGAGAAAUUGCUCUGCCUCUAAGACAACUCUGCCUGUGUUGACCUUAUUCACAAAGGAGUUUCUCAGCACAAGGUCUCUCUUUGCCUGCUGCCAUCCAUGUAAGAUGUGACUUGCUCCUCCUUGCCUUCCACCAUCAUUAUGAGGCCUCCCCAGCCAUGUGGAACUGACCCAUGCCCCCUUUGUGAUGAAGCCAAGGAAGUACUCAAGCCUUAUGAAAACAGGCAACCCUACAAGGAUCAGAAACUGCCAGGAACAAGGAGAAGACGCUCCCCUUCCUCACCUUCCCACCCCCACAUGGCUUCUCAGUCGGGGAAAAGAUACAACUUAACUUUAAACCAAGUCUUAAGUUUUGAUUAUGACAUGGGAUUAGAUGCACCAAAAACAAUUUCAAGUGACUAUGGGGCAUUCUAUUGCCUGAGAAUGUUCAAGAGUCCUGACAUGACCUGUUGUUUUUAUCCUAAACAGCGAAAAAUUCAUCCACCAAAUAUAUAGGGAUAGAGGGAGACAGAAAGAUGCUUUCUGAAAGUAUCCCAUAUUUAGAGUAUUGGUUACAUAUACCUAAUGUUGGUUUUAACCUAUAGCUCUUCAAUAAACUUACUCAUCAAUUCUUA